UAUUUUGGCAAUCUUUUGCGAUAUAAUUACAAAAUUACCAUUGUAUCCCAAAAUCCACAUUAGAAAACCCCUCCCACAGCCGAAAUCAGAAACCCUAGUUUGAAAUCGAAACCGUAAAGGGCGGUGCUUGUGGAGAAGAAGCAAGCAAUCUGCAAACAUGGCGGAGCAUUUGGCUUCUAUAUUCGGUACAGAGAAAGACAGAGUGAAUUGUCCUUUCUAUUUUAAGAUCGGUGCUUGUCGGCAUGGUGACAGGUGUUCUAGGCUGCACACGAAACCUAGCAUUAGUCCGACAUUAGUUCUGUCUAACAUGUAUCAGCGACCUGAUAUGAUUACACCUGGUGUUGACCCUCAGGGUCAGCCUCUUGACCCUCGCCAGAUCCAACGCCACUUCGAGGAUUUCUAUGAGGAUUUGUUUGAAGAACUUAGCAAGUAUGGAGAGAUUGAAAACCUUAACAUCUGUGACAAUUUAGCUGACCACAUGGUUGGUAAUGUUUAUGUCCAGUUUAGAGAGGAAGAUCAUGCUGCAAGUGCUCUUCAGAAUCUUACUGGAAGAUUUUACGCAGGACGUCCAAUCAUUGUCGACUUCUCCCCAGUGACUGAUUUUCGGGAAGCCACUUGUAGACAGUAUGAGGAAAAUGUAUGUAACCGAGGUGGCUAUUGCAACUUCAUGCAUCUGAAAAAGAUAAGCAGGGAGCUGAGGCGUCAAUUAUUUGGGAAGAGUAGUAGGCGAAGGCACAGCCGCAGUAGAAGCCGAAGCCCGCGUGGUAAUCGCAAUUAUGAAGAGCGUCCACAUGGAGGUGGAGGUGGAGGCCGUGGUUUUGGUAGAAGAGGUGGAGGAGGUGAUCGCUACCCGGAUAGAGGUGAUAGAGGGAGGAGGCCUAGAAGCAGAAGUCCUGGACGAAGGAGCGGACACAGCAGAAGUCCUGGGGGCAGGAGAAAUAGAAGUCCGAUUAGGGAAGGAAGUGAAGAGAGAAGAGCAAAGAUUGAGCAAUGGAACAGGGAAAAGGAAGAGGCGGGAUCUGGGAGGAAUCAUGGCGGUAGUACACGUAGUAGGCAAGACAGGGAAGACAGUGCUGAGAGGAGGGCAAAAAUUGAGCAAUGGAAUAGGGAGAAAGAAGAGGCAGAAUCUGCUAAAUACAAUAAUUUUGAUGCUGCUGAUAAUGGCAGGAAUGAUGGUGGUGAUCACUAUGGAGAACAGUUUGAUGAUGAUUACCCGAAGCAGCAGUAGGUAGAAAAUGGAAGUGAUGGCUACUAAUCGUAAUGCUGCUCUGGUUAAAAGGUUCCUGCUUUGCAGUGGUCGUGCCUACCUUUACAUUGCAGCUUACAAUGGUCUUGUAUACAGGUUUUCUCUGCUGCAGAAGAGUCCAUGGGACUUUUAACAUGCUAGGAAUGGUGAGAAGUGAAGGAACCAAGUCUAUGGACCUAUGAAGUUCUACUUUCCAUUUUGGAGUUUUACCAUUUGUUAGGCAUUACAGGUUUAUAUCCUUGAAGACUAGUGCUGUGGGCCUAUGAAGUUCUACAUUCCAUUUUGGAGUUUUACUUGUUAGGCAUUACAGGUUAUAUCCUUGAAGACUAGUGCUUUGUAUUGGUCCGUUGCAUGUUGGGUUGAGUUUGUUUCAGUAUUUAAUCGUGUUUACUUUAAGUGGUUUGUGAGGUUUCUGUUGAACAAAUUUGCUGAAGAGAGCAGGAUAUUUAUGUGGCAGUUGGUAGACUGCUGUGUAAACUUCUUUUGCAAUUCAUUUCACUGCAUUGUUGUAGCCAUAUUUAUCAUGUAGUCGAAAUGAUCACUGCAUCUUCAUUUCAUGAA